AUGACCGACAGCGAGUUUGGCUAUAUUCACAUGCUGGCCCAGGACUACCUGAAGUACGUCUUGCAGAUACCACAACCUGGAUCUGGUCCAAGCAAAACAUCCAGGGUGUUACAAGAUGUUGCUUUCUCAGUCCAAAACGAAGUUGAAAAGAAUUUGAAACCAUGCUUGGACAAUAUUGAUGUUGUGUCCAUAGACACUGCCAGAACAAUAUUCAACCAAGUGAUGGAAAGGGAAUUUGAAGAUGGCAUCGUUAACUGGGGAAGGAUUGUGACCAUAUUUGCAUUUGAAGGCAUUCUCAUCAAGAAACUUCUAGGAGGGCGAAUUGCCCCAGAUGUGGACACUUACAAGGAGAUUUCUUACUUUGUUGCAGAGUUCAUAACCAAAAACACAGGAGAAUGGAUAAGGCAGAACGGAGGCUGGGAAAAUGGCUUUGUAAAGAAGUUUGAACCCAAAUCUGGCUGGCUGACUUUUCUGGAAGUUACAGGAAAGAUCUGUGAAAUAUUAUGUCUCCUGAAGCAAUACUAUUGA